GACAGUCCGCGUGAUUAACAUGCUUCAUGAUGAUUGCUUUUUUGGUGGUGGUAGCUACUGCCUUUGUAAUAUUAUAUUCAUUAGUGUAUUGUUUUCAGAAGACGGUCUUUCAAUAUCGAGUUCAAAGCAAUUUUGCAUCUUCGAAAAAUGUAGCUUUAGUAAUUGCUCAUCCAGAUGAUGAAGUAAUGUUUUUUGCACCCACAAUACACAAUGUUUUGAAAUUUAUUAGCGUGGAUAAUUUUCUCAUUUUAUCUAUAACAAGUGGAAACUACAAUGGGAUUGGAAACACCAGAAGAAAUGAACUAAAACUCUGCUGCAAAGAACUUUGUAUAAAGGAGGAAAAUGUGUUGUUUUUGGAGGAGAAUCAUUUUCUUGAUGAUCCAUCUCACAAAUGGGAUAUACAACAGCUAAAAUUGGAACUGGAAGCUAAUUUGAAAAAGAACAAUGUAGAUAUGGUAAUUACAUUUGGAGAAUAUGGUGUCUCUGGUCAUUCUAACCAUCAAGAUACGCAUACAGUUAUUAAAUCUCUGCGGAACGUAAAGGUGUUCUUUUUAGAAGAUGUAAAUAUUUUGCGAAAGUAUUCAUCCAUAUUUGAUGUGCUGUUUACAUGUAUCAUUGCUGGUGCUCUACAAAGUAAUACGAAUUACAUAAUUUUAGCAAACUUGUUCUAAUAUCAUCUCCUUGGGAAGUUUAUAAAACUUAUUGUGGCAUGAAGUGUCAUCAGAGUCAAUUUGUUUGGUUCCGAAAACUCUACUUUCUCUUUUCAAGAUACAUCAUGGUAAACCAACUUUCAACUGUUCAUCAUGACAAAACACAAUAACGAUGACGCGUAGUAGAUAGUAUAUUGUUUUUUCUUGGAGAAUGUUUUGGUUUACAGUAUGCAAUAGUUCAGGCAGAAAAAAGUUUUUUUUUUGUCAUCAAAACAAAGACAAUGUGUUAAUUAAAUUGUAAUGACAUACUGGACCUAAAAUUCAUUCUUAACAGGAUGUCAUAUUUCUAUUUAAUAUUUAAACAAAAAAUACUUACGUCUUCCGUUU